AGAUACAGCGAAUUUGAAUCCUUCCGAACACUUCUCACCAAACUAUAUCCUGCCAUUUUCGUACCACCUAUUCCUGGAAAACAUUCUCUAUCUGAUUAUGCUCAUGUACAUACUCAAAGUCGACACAAGGAUGAACUAGCCAUGGUGGAAAAACGAAAACGUAUGCUUGAAAGGUUCCUUUGUCGUUUGAUGGAACAUCCUAUAUUGUCGAGAGAACAUGCUUUUCAUCAAUUUCUACAACCAAAUGUAUCCUGGAAUGAAGUCCUUACAUCUCCUCCAUUUGUCUCUAUUAAGGAUCCUCUUUUGGAAUCCAUUUCUUCUUCUGUUCCUGGUGAAACAACAUUUGUAUCUUCUUUACUUGGUGGCAAUGUAUCCUCUCAAAUUAUACCUAUACCUACUAUAUCCUAUGCUGUCAAAAAUCCUGAUCCCAAGUACCUUUCUUCAGAAUCAUUACUGGAUAAACAAUCACAACAUGCAAGUACUCGUUUAGAUCGCUCACAAAAAAAGUUACUUCGUCGACUUGGAGAUUUAUCCAACGAUUAUGCUGAUAUGGGUGCAGCCUACAAUGCACUUAGUUUGGAUGAAGUAGGUGAAAUGGCAAAUACAAUGGAACAACUAGGACUUUCGAAUGAUGAAGUAUGUUUACAAAUGCGAAAAUUGGUGACACAACUGGAAAUCGAGUUUGCCGAACACAUACAAGAAUAUGUGCAAUAUACAAUGAUAGCCAAACAAAGCAUACGAUAUUGGUAUAUGAAACAAGCUCAAUUAGAAAUGAUAGGCGACGCGUUGGUGAACAAACAAACAGCAUUAUAUUCUUUAUUGAAAACAGAGGAUCAAGCUGAACGAUUACAAACUCUGAUGACACAAGGUAAUUCUUCUUCUCCCGACGAUGAUGGAUUUUUCUCUGUGGAUUCGCCAUCUCCAAGUGGUCCAUCAACUGAUAAUAAUAAUGAUCAUGAUGAAAUUUUACAACAAAAUAAUAAUAACGAAAAUAACAAGCAUACUAGUAGUUACCCUUCUGCAGCCAGUAUAUCCGCUAUUCGUGCUUCAAAAUCUAAAUCAAAGAAAUGGACUUCUCCAAGAAAACUCUUCAAUGCCAUGACAUAUACUAUACAGGGCAUGAUGGAUGUGGAUCCAGAACAAACAAGACGCAAUCAAAUUAAAACAUUGAAAGCAACUAUUGCAGAGUUGGAAAAUGCCAAAAUGAAAAUUUCGGAAGAAGUCAAGCAAGUAGGAAUAAGCAUUCAAGAAGAACUACGGCGGUUUGAAGAACAAAAAAUGAUAGAGCUCCGAACGAUGAUGAUCGCCUUUGCCAAACGUCAUUUAGAAUUUUGUGAAAAGAAUAUGAUUUCAUGGCAACAGACUCGACAACAGGUUAGCGACAUGGGCAUAUCAGACUAA